AUGAAUAUAGUUAAAUCUAGAAAAAUUUGUGUAACCGCUAGACUAAACUCAAUUCCCAGCUUCGUUAGCAUACAAUUAAACUCUGUCAUUAACACACCAACUACCCACAGCAGUAUGACCUAUAACUACCAACCAGUUGAUUCCUUUCACUCCAAGCAGCCUUCUUAUCCCCAAGAAGACGGAAGCACCGAUUAUACAGAACCACCUCCCCCAUUUGGACAUACAUCAACCUCGCAGCAAAACCCUUCCUCAUUACCUGAUGACAUGGAAUGUCUAGUUGAAGCUUCACCAGAGAAAGAAAGAGAAUGUCCAGAAAGUUGUGGAAAGAUUUUCUUCACAAGCUUUGUUUCAACAGCCUUAUUCGUGGCGUCGUUAUUUAUGCUAAGUCAAGAAGGCACCAUGCUUCAGUUGUUUGGUAUCUUGAUAAUAAACUUUUCAAUAUACUUCUUAUUAAUCAGUAGUGCCAUGAUAUUUAAUGCCGUGGAAAUACUUGGUGAAGAAAAAUUUUUAAACCGGUGCAUUGGUGGGUGUUUUAUUACGGUUAUGAUUCUGCUUUUUUGGAUAGUCAUGAAGGCCAUUGUCUAA